AUGUUCGAAGCGUUAAAUUAUAAUGUUACAGAAAAACAAUUUAAGAGUAACCACAUCUGGAAAUCAGAUCAUGUGACAAGACAACAUCUUAUUGAACCAGAAGAGCUUGAAGAUGAAUUAGUUGAAGAGCCUUGCGAAUUAGUUUCAGAUUCAUUGGUUGAAUUAGCUUCAGAUUCAUUGGACCCACUUUGUUGA